GCGUUUCCAUGUUGUAAGUUCAACCGUUCCUCAUUCCUCCGUUUCUUACGCCGUCCGCAUGUGUGUCUCAACGUUCACCUGCAAGGAUGAGCUUGGGUUAUCUCACACUUCUAUGCAUCGGCCUGGCAGCGCUACGGCAAGCGGUCGACGCUCAGUCAGCAUUUACCAUUGAUGAUGUGGUGCUGACUUUACAUCCUCGUGAUGAUGUUACGAGUGGCACUGACGUGACUUUGGGUUGUGAAGCCAAAGUCAGUCACAGUCUCCCAAAGCCCCUGAAAUACCUCUUCAGAUUCUUUCAAGACGAAGCGGUGGUCUACAAUAAAACCAGCAGCCAGGCAAUGGUGAAUCGCACUUUACAAUCGGUCAGGGUGGUCAACUCUGGUCACUACAAGUGCGAUGUCCGCAUCUACGACAAAUUCAGAGAGAGCCGGAGUCACACACUUGCAGUCACAGGCCUUCAAACCCCCACGCUAAAAGUAAAAUCUGAUAUCGUGUCUGAGGGUGAAGACAUAAUCAUCACAUGCAGCGCUCUGGAGGAGACCGGCAGUCUGAUGUUUUUCUUCUAUGAGAACAACAGUGAGAUCAAACGUGUCACAAGCUCUAAAAACUCUGUGACGGUCAAUCUUAAGGCGCAAAAGCCUAAAGAAACCUACAUUCAGUGUGCGUAUAUGGUCGUGAUGCAACCCGGUGCAGGCUUUUCUAACAAAAGCAACAUGUGGAAGAUUAUUGUCAAAGAUCUAGAUGAGAUAACCCCAGAAAUAAAAAUCGUACCCAGUAAGAAUGUGGUUGAGGGUGACCGGGUGCAGGUAACAUGUCAGGUGAAAGACCCCUCAAAUCUGGAGGUAUUCCUUACAAAAGGCAAGAAUUUACUUCAUCAAUUUCACACCAGCUUCACACACAGCUUCACAGUAAGAGCCGAGGAUUCAGGGGAAUAUGUAUGUAAAGCAGAGAAAGGCAACGUGCAGAAGAUGGCGAGGUAUUGGCUAAGUGUAGCAGAGCUGUUCUCAAAGCCCGUGUUAAGACUAAAUACAAAUCAGGUGUUUGAAGGGGACAGCUUUCGUCUGACAUGCACUUGCGCUCUAAACUUCACGCAGAACUUCAGCAAAGCGGACAUCAGUUUUCGUUUGCUUAAAGAAGAUCGACUUAUUUCUUCGACGGCCACCUACACUGGCAUAGCAAGCUCAGCCACCAAUGGGAAUUACUUCUGCGUUGCCAUGGCUAAAGGGAUUAACAAGACCAGUUUACCACUUGUUUUUAAAGCUAAAGUGCCCGUUUCUGUGCCAAUCAUAAGUGCAGUUGGUAAUGUGAUUGUGGAUCAGCCAUUUAAAGUUUGGUGUAAGGCAGAUAAUGGAAGUCUGCCCAUAACCUUCAGAUUGCUGAAGGACAGUAGUCCAGUGGCUGAGAUAAAGGUGAUGAAGACCACUGACAGGGCGAUCUUUAACAUAGCCUCCAUCAGUUAUCCAGGGGAGAUUCAAAAGUUCACAUGUCAGGCUAAUAACAAGGAGUCAAUUAAUAAGAACAGCGCCGCCCUCACAACAUCUGUUAUAGAACCAGUCUCCGAGCCAUUUCUCCAGGCAAUCAGCUCUACGAUCACAGAAGGCACGGACCUCUACCUUAUCUGUAAGGUACAGCAGGGAACCGAACCCAUAACCUUCAGAUGGUAUCAUAAUAAUAAUGAGAUCCCUUCAUCCAGUCAGGAAGUCAGCCUGUUACUAAGCCAACAUAUAGUCAAAGCCAUCGAACGAGAACAGAAAGGCCAAUAUCACUGUGAGGCGACCAAUCUCGCAUCGAAAACCAAGCAGAGUCCGCCAGUCACCAUUACAGUCAGUUUAGCCAUAUGGAAGAAGGCUCUUAUUGGAGUACUCUGUAUUUUGCUUUUGGUGGCUAUCAUCAUAGUUCUCAUCGUACUUUUGAAGAAAAUGUCAAACCCACGUAGGAAAAAGCAAGCGAAUGAGUUAUCAGUAAAACCAAGACCUAAAUCAGGUGACCCCAUGAGAGUGAGUCUUACCUUGGAUAUUGAAGAUAACAGUGCUGUCAAUGGAACUCCAUAUGUAAUGGGCAGAAAUGUCUGGAGUGAAAAUGUAUCUGCUUCAGAAGGUGAUGAUCACAGUGAAGAAGAAUCUGAGCUCAUCCAUCCACAGGAAGGAGAUUGUAACAGAGAAGUUCCUGUGACGAAAGAAAUAGAUCCUGAACACAAAAUCCAUUGUACAGACGUCCCGGUGCCCACACCAGGAGUUUUGGAGCAGCCUGAGGCCGUAAGUGACGCAUAACAUUGACACAGACACACAAGUCCAUAUGUAGGUCGCUCUGGAGUACGCACAACUCAACAACAGUGAACCAGAGCCUGCGUAAAGCCAGCAGAUCGUCCCUUUGUGCUUAUCUACUGAAACUUACACCUCACAUACAGCAUUCAGCUUCUCCACCACCUGAAGAAAAGCAGUGUUUUACCAUUAAAUAUUUCACUCAUUUCAGCAUCGUUGUUAUUAUUUGUACUUUGUGGCUUAGAAUUUUGUUACUUGUGUGAAGUGUGAUUUUUAUAUAGCGAUUAAUAAAAUCUGACCGGUCGAGUCUGAA